AGGAGCCGUCGGGUGGCGAGUGGUCGCGUCUGGCUGCGGACCGUGCAAGGCGAGGAGUGGACAACGUUGCCAGGCAGUCCCGGAGCCGGCGCCGGCGCGGCAUGAGGACCUUCUUACGCCGACCGCCGGAGCCGACGCGGCCGGUCGGCCCGACCACGCCCGAGGGAGACGACACCGGGGAAAGGGCGCCGCCUGAGUGCCGGGCCGACCCGCCGCCACCACCGGCCAAGACGGGUUUCUCUACGUGGAGCCGGCUGGUGGGACACAGGUGGCACCAGCUGAGGCGAGCCGACUCCCAGAACCAGCUGGCCGACGCCUUCGCCCUCACGGCACCGCGCAAGAAGAAGGCGUCCACGGCGGCCUCGGCGGCCGGGGCGGCGCCGCAGCGGACGGCGGCUGCCGGUGGCGAGCGCGUCAAGCUCGACCGCGUCGAGUCGCUCAAGAACCUCUUCCUGCGCUCGCGCGAGCCGAAGCCGGCACGGGCCGGCGGCGGGCGUAACCUGCUGCGCUGCCGCUCCACGUCGCUGCUGUCCACGUACGUGCCGGCCGAGGACCCGAGCGAGGGCGUGGACCUGCGCGGCGCGCCGGCGGCCGCGCUCAGCUGUGAUAACAUCAGCCUCCUGGCGGCCGGCCGCGACAGCGGCAUCCUGAACGAGCACUCGGACGGCAGCUCGACGCACGACUCGGAGUCGGGUAGCCUCGCCUCGCAGCGCACCGACUCGGGCGCCUCGUGCGAGGGCGGCGGCCGCCGCGAGCGGCGGGCACACGGAGAGUGUGCGACACGCCGGGGGCCGGUGUGGGAGAGUCGGGAAGAAGAGGAGCAGGCGAGGACGACGCCACCGAGCAGCAGCUCACGGCUCAACUGA